UAGAGUCUCAGAUCAAAGUGGCGUAUUAAGCAGCUGAUUUAAACAGAAUCUUUCGUAACAAAAUUAUCCGAAUUUUCCGCAAAACUAAAAACACAAUGCUGAGACGUAUGAAAUGCGUGAAGCUGUUGCAAUCGUCAUUCUCUCCUGCGUGCGGACGCCGCCAGGUCCAUACCAAACUCGACGAGAACGCCAUCAUAACCGGUGCGACUGCGUUCAUGGCCAAAGGAGAUAUACGUACGGAAAGUGUGAACGUUUUGCCCCAGACCAAGUACGGCGGCAUCACGCACGUAACGCUCCUUUGCGGCGAAACCAUAAUUGGCAAGCAGGGCGCCAAAUAUGUGAAAUCCCUGCUGUCGAGCGCCCGGGUGCCGGUGGAUGUGCAGCGCAUCUUUGUCGAUCAGGAAUUAGAGUAUUACAAUUCGGUGUUGCGCAAUCGAGCUGCCAUCCAUGUGGACAUUGUGCACGAUGCGAUUUCGAAAAAGAAUUCGCUGAAGGUCUGCAACGAUCUGGAUCUGCACGUGUUUAUGACCAACCUGCGCAGCUUUCCGGGCUUCAACUGUCGCUUUCCCAAUGUCAACAUCCAGCUGAUCGCGCAGAACAACAUGGGCAACUAUGCCGAGCUGGAGUAUUCGCCAGUGAAAGGUGUGGUCGAGGGACUGCGCGUUGUCACCAGCCGCGACAUUAAGCGCUUUCUGCGUUACGCCUUCAAGGUCGUGAUGGAUAAGAAGCGGCAAAAGGUCAACCUUGUGCACAAGUCAUCCGAGUGGCCAAAGACCGAGGGUAUCCUGCUGGAUAUUGCACACAACCUGCAGAAGAACGAAUUUCCCGAUAUACAGCUGGAGCCGAUGGAGCUGGAUAAAUGCGUUGCCCGUCUGAUACUCGACCCCGAGUACUUCGAUGUGCUGGUCACCAGCGAUCUGUACGGCACCUUUAUGGCCACCAUUUGCAGUGCCAUCUGUGGCGGUGCGAAUCUGUUCUCCUCGAUUGAGAUUGGGGAACAUCAUGCGGUGUUCAAGCCGCUGCAAACGAAACUCUCGCUGACCAACUACAAGGUGCUCAGUCCGUAUGGGAUUGUGUCCACCUGCGUGGAUCUGAUGCAUCAUCUGGGCCAUUCCGAUUGCGCCAAUGCGCUCUGGGCCGAAAUGAUUCGCACCAUGGAAGAAGGCAUAAAGACGAGCGAUUUUAAGGGCACAGACCGUGGCGAAUAUGUCAUAUGCAACAUUAUGAACCGGCUGCGUUGCAACAUGUUCACCGAUAUACACAAAAAGAAUUGAUGGCAAUCAACUUUGUACUAAAUUUAUUUUGAUUGAUUCGGAUACGUAAAAUUAACAAAAUACAUUUAUGGGAACGAAAA